CGCAGGUUUAAGUCAUGCAUUCGCUGCAUACGGCAGAAGAGACUGCCUACAGGGACAUUUCCCCUUGUCCCACCUGCAGAGAGUGGGGCCCCUGGACCUGACACCUCGUGCUUGCAGAGUGAUGGAGAGCCCUCAGCUGGUAGUGGAGUUCACCCUGGCCCUCAUCAAGCCUGAUGCUGUGCACAAGGAACUGGAGAUCGAGGAGACCAUUCUUCAGUCGGGCUUCCUCAUCGUCCAGAAGAGGAGACUGCAGCUGAGUCCGGAACAAGCCAGCGAGUUCUACGCUGACCACAGUGGUAAGAUGGUGUUUCCGAGUCUGACCACUCACCUCUGCUCAGGACCACUGGUAGCCCUGCUGCUGGCCAGGGACUCGGCUGUCCGGCAUUGGAAGGACCUGCUAGGGCCCACCGACCCUGAGAAGGCAAAGGAGGUGCAGCCCAGGAG